ACCUGACUGGCCCUCCUCUCCCCACUCUCAGCCUGCAGAGCAAACAGCAUGGACUGAUAACUCUGAGCUGGAACUUUACGACACAGCUUCAACAACACAGAAACACUUGUCUGAUGGAUCCGGAGGCUUAGUCCAACUGCAUUUUCAGUGAAGAGUCAUGCCGUCGCACCGCAGAGGACGGAGCCUCUCUGAGGCACUGACCCUAGAGGAAUUAGAGGAGGGAGGAGUGAUCAUUUCCAGCAUCAACAGUGCCUCAUCCAACCGGGAACUGAAGGAAGGGGAUGAAAUUUUGGGAGCCACGAUAAAUUUCGAUCAACUGUCCAAAGCGGAGGUGUUAAAAGUACUGAAGCUGAUGGAGCCGUUUGAUGACAAGAUCCAAGUCCUCACUCGGAACAACCUGAGCAAGAGCCUCGGAAAUCUGGACCAAUGUGCAAAGACUCCUGAGGCAAUGCUGCAGGAUUCCUACAACAAACUCUACAAUGCCAAAGUCAGGAGGUUUAUGAAGGGGGAGUUGCCUGAUGCUGAGGAAGGGUAUGUGAACGGGGAAGUUACUGGAAAGCCAACAGCACCAGGCUCAUCCAAGGUCAGCCUAAAACAUGACAUGGGGUUGCCUCGUCUCGGAGUUGACUUUGGACUUCUGAAAUCCAAGACUUUGAGCACUGAUAAUAAUGCUAAUUCACAGUUUUUCACUGGAGAAUUAACAGAUGGCAGCAACCUGAACCUUCCACCGUUUGGUCUUGGCUUGAAUGGGACUUCACUAAAUGAAACUCAUGAAUCAGGACUAAAACUUGAUGCUGAAAGUCCACAGCUUAACACUCCAGACCUCCAUCUGUCUGGGAGAUUACCAAAGGAUUCAAAAAUCAAUGCCACAGCUGGAUUGCAACUGCCAAAUACUACCAAUUCAUCGAUUGACUUGGCCAUGCCAAAUCUUGAAAGACCUCAAAUUGGACUGGAAGGCAACAGAACUUGCAAAGCUCCAGACAUUGCUACAAACUUAAAAGGUGUUAGUACCCCUGGAAUGGGGUUAAACCUUGAUGGGGGAAAUAUCACUGGUCCAUCCCUGAACACUGGCAUUCCCCAAGUGAGCAUUGAAGGAACAAACAAAGAUUUUAAAAUGCCAACAUUCAAAAUACCAGACCUGGGCCUUUCUGGACCUCAGUCUCAGUAUUCCACGAGACUGAAAAACCCAGAUUUAAAUGUGGAUGAUCCCUACAGUUAUGUUGGAUCACCCAAGCUGAGCUUGUCUGGGAGAUCACCUGACUUAGACCUAGAAAUGCCAGAUAUUAAUGUAUCACAACGUGGUGUAAAUGGAACAGACAUUGACAUGCCUUUAGGUGAUGCUAAAAUGUCACUUAAGAAACCAAAGAGUGACCUAAAAUCUCCAGAUUUAGAUGUGGAUGCUCCAUCUGGUAUAUUCACUUCACCCAAAUUUGGGUUGUCUGGCAAAAGUGAGGCAGGUGUUAAAACACCUGACCUAAGUCUCAAAACACCAAAGAUGAAAGGUGGGAUUUCUACACCUGAUAUAAAUCUACCCAAAGCUAGCCUAAAAGGACCAAACUUGGCCAGUGACACUCCAUCAGUCGGCAUUAAAGGUCCAUCUGGAAAAUACAAGGCUCCUAAGUUUACAAUGCCCAAAUUUGAUUUACCAGACAUUGAAGUUCCAAGUGUUAAUGGAGAUUUGGAGGGACCUGAUCUCAAAGGUGCAAUUGCACACCCAAAUUUUGAUGUGGAUAUGCCUUCUGGUAAAUUUGAGAUUGAUGCAAAUGCUCCCUCUGUCAAACCUAAACUGCCAAAAUUUAAGCUUUUUGGCACAUUAUCAAAAACAAAAGAUUUGGAACUAUCAGGUCCAAAGCUAAAAGGGUUUGAUGGUGAGCUAAAGACUCCAGAUUUUGAUCUUUCAUCCCCCAAAUUUAAAGGGGCUAUUGGUUCCCCAAAUUUGAAUCUUAACACAGAUCUAAAAUCACCUGACAUAGAUAUUUCUGGUCCCAAUCUCAGUGGUGGAAUAAAGACACCAGACAUAAACAUGCCCACAAUUGACCUCAAAAGCCCCAAACUGGACCUCAGUACCCCAAAGCUCAACUUAGACACCCCAUCAGGCAAACUGAAAAUGCCUGAUCUUCAUGCUCCAGACUGGGAUGUUAAUGCUCCCUCGGGCAAAUUAAAAAAGCCCAAGUUCAAUCUUUCCGGUACAUUACCAAAAGGGCCAAAUAUGGACCUAAAUGCAGAUCUGAACUCGCCAGAUUUGAGUCUGAAAGCUCCAAAGGUGAAAGGUGGAAUUGAUGCCCCUGACUUGGACUUAAACAUGGACAUGAAAUCUCCCAAGUUAGAUGUCAACACUCCCAAUGUCAACAUUGGCUCACCCAAAACAAAAUUUAAAAUGCCUAAACUCAAGCUCCCCAAAUUUGGUCUUCCAAGCCUUAAAGGGCCUGAGAUCAAUGGAAACUUAGAUGUUCCAGACAUCGAUGUUAAUGCACCCAGUGUCAAUCUCAAAGGUCCUAAAACUGAUCUAGAAAUGCCAGACAUUGAGAUGAGUGGGCUUUCUGGAAAAUUCAAGAAGCCGAACUUAAACUUGCCUAACUUGGGACUUUCUGGUCCAAAGUUAGAUGUUCCCAAUUUGGACUUGAAAUCACCUGACCUCGAUAUCUCUGGUCCCAAUCUCAGUGGUGGAAUAAAGGCACCAGACAUAAACAUGCCCAAGAUUGACCUCAACACCCCAAAGCUGGAUCUCAAUACCUCAGGUGUUGAUUUAAACAUGCCAUCAGGCAAACUGAAAAUGCCUGAUCUUCAUGCUCCAGACUGGGAUGUUAAUGCUCCCUCGGGCAAAUUAAAAAUGCCUAAGCUGAAUCUUUCCGGUACUUUACCAAAAGGGUCAAACAUGGACCUAAAUGCAGAUCUGAACUCACCAGAUUUGAGUCUGAAAGCUCCAAAGAUGAAAGGUGGAAUCGAUGCCCCUGAUUUGGACUUACCAAAUGUAGACCUUAAAGCUCCAAAGUUUGAUGUGAAUCCUCCCAAUGUCAACCUUGGCUCACCAAAAGCAAAGCUGAAAUUUCCCAAAAUGAAAAUGCCUAAAUUUGGCUUACCAGGCUUUAAAGGACCUGAAAUUGAUGGCAACUUAGAUGGCCCAGAUAUAGAUAUAAAUGCACCCAAUGUCAACCUCAAAGGUCCUAAUGCUGAUCUAGAUGUAGAUGUUUCCGGCCCAUUCGGAAAAUUCAAGAAACCAAACUUAAACUGGCCUAACUUGGGACUUUCUGGUCCAAAGUUAGAUGGUCCCAACUUGGACCUGAAAUCACCUGACCUAGAUAUCUCUGGUCCCAAUCUCAGUGGUGGAAUAAAGGCACCAGACAUAAACAUGCCCAAGAUUGACCUCAAAAGCCCCAAACUGGACCUCAGUACCCCAAAGCUCAACUUAGACACCCCAUCAGGCAAACUGAAAAUGCCUGAUCUUCAUGCUCCAGACUGGGAUGUUAAUGCUCCCUCGGGCAAAUUAAAAAAGCCCAAGUUCAAUCUUUCCGGUACAUUACCAAAAGGGCCAAAUAUGGACCUAAAUGCAGAUCUGAACUCGCCAGAUUUGAGUCUGAAAGCUCCAAAGGUGAAAGGUGGAAUUGAUGCCCCUGACUUGGACUUAAACAUGGACAUGAAAUCUCCCAAGUUAGAUGUCAGCACUCCCAAUGUCAACCUUGGCUCACCCAAAACAAAAUUUAAAAUGCCUAAACUCAAGCUCCCCAAAUUUGGUCUUCCAAGCCUUAAAGGGCCUGAGAUCAAUGGAAACUUAGAUGUUCCAGACAUCGAUGUUAAUGCACCCAGUGUCGAUCUCAAAGGUCCUAAAGCUGAUCUAGAAAUGCCAGACAUUGAGAUGAGUGGGCUUUCUGGAAAAUUCAAGAAGCCGAACUUAAACUUGCCUAACUUGGGACUUUCUGGUCCAAAGUUAGAUGUUCCCAAUUUGGACCUGAAAUCACCUGACCUCGAUAUCUCUGGUCCCAAUCUCAGUGGUGGAAUAAAGGCACCAGACAUAAACAUGCCCAAGAUUGACCUCAGUACCCCAAAGCUCAACUUAGACACCCCAUCAGGCAAACUGAAAAUGCCUGAUCUUCAUGCUCCAGACUGGGAUGUUAAUGCUCCCUCAGGCAAAUUAAAAAUGCCUAAGUUGAAUCUUUCCGGUACUUUACCAAAAGGGCCAGAUAUGGACCUAAAUGCAGAUCUGAACUCACCAGAUUUGAGUCUGAAAGCUCCAAAGAUGAAAGGUGGAAUUGAUGCACCUGACUUGGACUUACCAAAUGUAGACCUUAAAGCUCCAAAGUUUGAUGUGAAUCCUCCCGAUAUCAACCUUGGCUCACCAAAAGCAAAGCUGAAAUUUCCCAAAAUGAAAAUGCCUAAAUUUGGCUUACCAGGCUUUAAAGGACCUGAAAUUGAUGGCAACUUAGAUGGCCCAGAUAUAGAUAUAAAUGCACCCAAUGUCAACCUCAAAGGUCCUAAUGCUGAUCUAGAUGUAGACGUUUCCGGCCCAUUCGGAAAAUUCAAGAAACCAAACUUAAACUGGCCUAACUUGGGACUUUCUGGUCCAAAGUUAGAUGGUCCCAACUUGGACCUGAAAUCACCUGACCUCGAUAUCUCUGGUCCCAAUCUCAGUGGUGGAAUAAAGGCACCAGACAUAAACAUGCCCAAGAUUGACCUCAAAAGCCCCAAACUGGACCUGAAUACAUCACAUGUUGAUUUAACCAUGCCAUCAGGCAAACUGAAAAUGCCUGAUCUUCAUGCUCCAGACUGGGAUGUUAAUGCUCCCUCGGGCAAAUUAAAAAUGCCCAAGUUCAAUCUUUCUGGUACAUUACCAAAAGGGCCAAAUAUGGACCUAAAUGCAGAUCUGAACUCACCAGAUUUGAGUCUGAAAGCUCCAAAGGUGAAAGGUGGAAUUGAUGCCCCUGACUUGGACUUAAACAUGGACAUGAAAUCUCCCAAGUUAGAUGUCAGCACUCCCAAUGUCAACCUUGGCUCACCCAAAACAAAAUUUAAAAUGCCUAAACUCAAGCUCCCCAAAUUUGGUCUUCCAAGCCUUAAAGGGCCUGAGAUCAAUGGAAACUUAGAUGUUCCAGACAUCGAUGUUAAUGCACCCAGUGUCGAUCUCAAAGGUCCUAAAGCUGAUCUAGAAAUGCCAGACAUUGAGAUGAGUGGGCUUUCUGGAAAAUUCAAGAAGCCGAACUUAAACUUGCCUAACUUGGGACUUUCUGGUCCAAAGUUAGAUGUUCCCAAUUUGGACUUGAAAUCACCUGACCUCGAUAUCUCUGGUCCCAAUCUCAGUGGUGGAAUAAAGGCACCAGACAUAAACAUGCCCAAGAUUGACCUCAAAACCCCAAAGCUGGAUCUCAAUACCCCAAAGCUCAACUUAGACACCCCAUCAGGCAAACUGAAAAUGCCUGAUCUUCAUGCUCCGGACUGGGAUGUUAAUGCUCCCUCAGGCAAAUUAAAAAUGCCCAAGUUCAAUCUCUCAGGUACAUUACCAAAAGGGCCAAAUAUGGACCUAAAUGCUGAUGUGACCUCACCAGAUUUGAGUCUGAAAGCACCAAAAAUAAAGGGUGGAAUCAAUGCCCCUGACUUGGACUUACCAAAUGUAGACCUUAAAGCUCCAAAGUUCGAUGUGAAUCCUCCUGAUGUCAACAUUGGCUCACCAAAAGCAAAGCUGAAAAUGCCAAAACUGAAAAUGCCUAAAGUGACUCUACCAAGCCUAAAAGGACCUGAAAUUGAUGGCGACUUAGAUGGCCCAGAUGUUGAUGUCAGUGCACCAAGAGUUAACCUCAAAGGCUCUAAAACUGGCUUUGAAAUGCCAGAUGUUGAAUUUGGCAGCCCAUCAGGGAAAUUUAAAACACCACAUCUAAAACUGCCCGAUGUGGGAUUUUCUCCUCCAAAGUUAGAUGGCACAAAUGUUGAUCUCAGGUCACCAGAUCUUAGUGUCAACUUACCAAAAGCACCAAAUCUGAAAUUAAAUUCAGACCUAAACACUCCGGAGUUAAAUUUCAAAGUCCCAAAGAAGAAAGGUGGACUUGAUUCCCCCAAGCUGGGCUUACCAAACGUGGACAUCAAAGCUCCUACGUUAGAUAUGAACACUCCAGAUACCAACAUUGGUUUCCCUGAUGUAAACUUCAAAAAGCCCAAAAUCAAGAUCCCCAAAGGCCCCAAUGUUGACAUAAAUACAGACCUACAAGGGCCGGACCUGAAUAUUCCAAAUAUAGAUGUAAACGGUCCAAAAGGAAAAUUCAAAAUACCAAGUUUAGAUGCACCAGACCUUAGUCUCUCUGGAUCUAAGGCAAAAACACCAGACAUGGAUUUUUCAGGACCUAAACUGAAAGGCCCUGGCAUAAAUAUGUCAGAUUUAGAUUUACCUGAUGCCAAUUUCAAGGGUCCUAAGCUAGACCUCAAUGCAAAACGUCCUGACCUAGGAAUAAAUGGUAACAUGGGACGACCUGACAUGAACUUUACUGGUCCUCAAUUGAAAGGAGGCGUAAGAGGUCCAAACUUUGACAUGAAUGCUCCCUUGGGAAACAUCCACGGUCCUCAGACUGACCUUGAUUUUGCAGACAGAAAAUUGAAAUUCCCAUCUUUCAAGAUGCCUCAGUUUGGAAGCCCAGAUCUUAGUAGAGCAGGCUCUGAUAUUGACUUUGGUGCAUCUCUGAGACCAACAAAUCUGGAUAUUUCUCCUCCAAAUGCAAAGUUAAAUGUGAAACCAGUAGAGUUAAAGGGAAAUGUCACAGGUCCAAGGGUUAAUGCUCCAAAUGUGGACAUCAACAUGCCAAAAGCUGCAAUGCGCAAUCCACAGCUGCAUUUAAAGUACCCAGAUCUUAACGUUGAUGAUCCUUCCCUGAAUUUCAAAGGACCUUCAUAUAGGAAUCGCAGAUCAGAUAUGACAGGUGUAAACAUGAAAAUGCCUGACCUGGACGUAGAUGCAGGCGUCAGACUUCGGCACACUGAUGGAAGGUCACCUAGAAACAAAGGAAGGUCCAGCUAUCCUGUGAUGAAUGAUGCUUUCGGCCACCAUAUUGAUUUACAUCGUUCAGAUCUCAACAUUGAUGAUUUCACAGGAAAAGAUCAUGUGCUCAGAGCCAGGGGCUCGAAACCGAACCUCCACACACCACACAACUAUGGACAGGUUAUUUCCCCAUCAGGUGUAAAUAUUGACAUGAGAGACCCCAGAAACACCAGAAGAAUCCCAGCCAGUCUUAUCAAUCCCAAUGCACGUUUACCACAUUUUUCUCAAGAGUCAAGCAUAAGAGUACCUGACAGUUCAGACAGAUAUUAUGUCACUGUUUUUCCUACCCAGACACAAAAUCACAAAAUGCUAAACCGUAAAUAUAACACACUAGGAGGUCUCGACUUUCAUCCAGGAAACUUAGACCUUGAAGUUCCAGAUGAAAAUGACCUAAAAGGAUCAACAUUCUUUUUCUCCAACCUCGUAUAGCUUUCAGAGCACUCGUGCUACUUGUGUGCUUUUUUAAUUGCAUUUCUUUUUUUGCAUUUAUUUAUUACGACUUGAACUGUUGCAACAUGUUGCAUGAUUUACGACUGUUAUGAAAUGUUGCUGCCUGUCUCGUUUUGUACAUAUUACCUCUCCUGUAGCUUGGCGAUGAUGCAAAUUGUCAUUACAAUUUGACAUUCUUGCACUUGUUUUAUAAAGUAUAAUAUUAAAACUUUUUAACAUUGUGUAACAAUGAAUAUUUAUACUAUGCAGUUCUUGUUUAAAAAGAAAGUAUUUUUGUAUUCACAUUGAACUAAGACCUCCUGAUUUUGUUAUGUCACCCUGGAGCUGCAAAUCUUCUGUCUUUACUACUGAUGUUUAAACUCAAGGAGGAAAUCUGCAGAUUUAAGGUUUUUCUUUUUUAGUUUUUUGGGUGGUAUUACAACAUUAUUAUCAGAUGAAUAGUAAAAUAUCCAAAGAUGUUUAUAGUUUUCAUAUCUGUUCUUUUGACUACCCUUUGCAUUUUAGAUUCUUUGAGAUGUAUAUACUUGAAUUUAUCACUGUGUUGUAACUGUUUUUUGAUUCCAGCAUGUAAUGAAUAAAUAAUGUAAUUUUUGUCAUGAAUAAAUAAUGUAAUUUUUCCGGCUAAGCAAUAUAUCAGACGAUAUAAACUCACUUAGGCCAUUAUAAAGGUGACCAUAAAA